GGGCAAAAAGUGCUAGCUUGACAUAAACCUGUGUCAGACGUCUGAAGCCACGAGUGUGGGGGAAUUAGUCGCAUUUCGUUGGAUUUUUCGCUUUUGGACGUUACAUAACUGUGAUUACGGACGGUUCGGCGUUUCCACUUGACGAUGGCGACCGCUUUUUGCAUUAAAGAAGAGUUUUAAUGCGGAAAUAUCAAGCGACGCAGCUCCAGAUGUUUGCCCCGCCCCCCUCCUCUUCCUGCUCCUCAUUUCCCGCGCUCUGUUUUUCCAAGAUGGCGGCGGUGCUUGUUCUCGAUGUUUUGGCCGAAUGACGCUGUGUUGAUCAGAGAUGGAGAGCGGAGAAACGUACCCCCCUCUCCCUCUGUGACCUCAGGAAACCAAACCUAUUUUUCUACAAAGACGUACAAAGGCGCCAUUAUUUCGUUUAUUUCGUUUGUAUUUUUUUAACUCUCAGGUCCCAAAGCAUUUCCUGUCCGACCUCUGCUGCUAAAACCGAGACUGUUCGAUCAUCAGGGUGCAACUAACUUUAACGACAAAAUAAAUGCCUAUUUUUUCACUCACUGCACAAUAGUAACACUCAAGGAAUUUACAAUAUUAAAGCCAUUGUUCGUUCAAAAUAACAUAAAACCCUUCAAGAUUACCCCAUAUUUAAAUAUCUCAUUUUAAAUCAAGUUUGCAGGGAGAUAUUCAUUUUUAAAAAUUGUGAAACCCAUAAUAUCCUUUCAGAUUUUAAAUAGCCUCAAAAAACCUUGUAUUAUAUCUAUUUUAAACCGUUUCAUUUCUAUUCCCCAAAUCUGUAACUCCAUAUUUUAGUAAGAAAAAAAGUUGGUCAUUCCCAAAGAUUUCCAGCCUUUAUAUUCAAAGAUCAUUCCAUCAUUAAUUCAUUUAGAAAAAUAUAAAUCAUAUUUGAAUUUCACAAAAUUUCCAACUGUAAAAACAGAACUUGAAUCUGGAAGUUACACCCCAUGUACUUUCAUAUCACACGGGAAUUCACCUCGUUUUGAGUCUGGUUAUUGGCAAUUUAACUUUUUAGGAUUUUUUUUUUUAAAUUUACACCAGACCUGGCUUUCCAUUUAUCCAGGCUUGGGACUAACAGAAAUUUUGGUGUGAAUAUUCCAAGAAGCAGCUCAUCUUGUUAUUUUGAACUGUGCAUUGAAUUGCUGGACUUAAACAAAUCCUUCCACUUCUUUUGACCAUUUUCACAGUGUUUUGAAUUCUUUUUGUGUCCAUCAUUCCCAGAAGUUAAUUGUUUUGAACUGAAAAAUAUUAUAUAUUUUUUGCUUAAAUUCUGCAACAAUAUUUUGAAUUUUUGUGGACCAGCUGCUUCUCGCUUCUCGGUCUGAUAAAAAGGACUUUGGACAUUGGUCGAAGCAGAUUUUUAGUUUUUUAUUUUUGCGAGGAUACUCAUCUGUUAAAACAUGACGUCUGAGGGAUUCCAGUACCGCGCGUUGUACGAUUAUAAGAAGGAAAGAGAAGAAGACAUCGACCUCCAUGUUGGCGACGUUUUGCUGGUGUCGAAAGCGGCGUUACUCGCUUUAGGAUGCACCAACGGAGCCGAGGAGCGGCCCGCCGAGAUCGGGUGGUUGCCGGGAUUCAACGAGACGACACAGGAGAAAGGAGAUUUUCCGGGGACAUACGUUGAGUUCGUCGGUAGGAAGCGCAUGUCUCCACCCACCCCGAAGCCCCGCCCCCCCAGACCACCCUCCGCUGCGUCUGCUCGGGCAGACUCGGAGUCUGAAGGUUUUGUGCUUCCAGAUCUCCCAGAUCAGUUUGGACCCCCGGACACAGCCCCCCCACUGCUCAGCCGACUCAUGGAGGCUGUGGAGACCAAAGGCAUUGAUAGUCCAUCAUUGUAUCGCAGUUUGACCGGAGGAACUCUGGACACGCGUCAGUUAGCAGAAACAGAUUUGGAGCAGUUGGAGCUGUCGUCUCUCUGUGAGGGAGUGGUGCGGUUUCUUCAGGAUCUCCCAGGACCAGUUUUACCCACAGCUCUACAGGGAGACAUGAUCCAGGCUGUACAGGAUGUGCGUGAGUUGGAGGAGUGUGCUCAGCUGCUCCGGACCAUCGCCUCGUCCUCGCUGACUCCUGCCCAGUACGGACUCACCCUCCUCAGUGUGAUCCGGCACCUCGCCAGGGUCUGCCUCCACAACCACCGCAAUCAACUCAACCCACACGGCCUCGCAGACGGUUUCAGCCCCCUGCUCUUCAGGAACAACACCGGGGCUGAGUCUGGUGUGGAUCCCAUGGUGCAGGUGUUGGAGAUUCUCAUCACCAGUGAACUCAACAUGAACCAGGCUGCUCCAGCACUGCCUCCCAAACCUCCGAAGCCCGCGGCCCCGGCCGCCUCCACCUUCAACAACAGCAUCUCGCUGCAGGACGCAGAGUGGUACUGGGGCGACAUCUCCAGGGAGGAGGUGAAUGAGAAGCUCAGAGACACAGCUGAUGGGACAUUUCUGGUCAGAGAUGCCUCCACAAAGAUGCACGGAGACUACACCCUCACACUCAGGAAGGGAGGCAACAACAAGCUGAUAAAGAUCUUCCAUCGCGAGGGGAAGUAUGGUUUCUCUGACCCUCUGACCUUCAGCUCUGUGGUGGAGCUCAUAAACCACUACAGACACGAGUCUCUGGCCCAGUACAACCCCAAGCUGGACGUCAAACUGCUCUACCCCGUGUCCAAGCACCAGCAGGACCAGGUGGUGAAGGAGGACAGUAUCGAGGCUGUGGGUAAAAAGCUUCACGAGUAUCACCUCCAGUAUCAGGAGAAGAAUCGCGAGUACGACCGGCUCUACGAGGAAUACACCCGGACCUCACAGGAGAUCCAGAUGAAGCGCACGGCCAUCGAGGCUUUUAACGAGACCAUAAAGAUCUUUGAGGAGCAGUGUCAGACACAAGAACGCUUCAGUAAAGAAUAUAUUGAGAAGUUCAGACGUGAGGGAAACGACAAGGAGAUGCAGAGGAUAAUGGAGAACUACGACAAACUGAAGUCUCGUAUCUCUGAGAUCGUGGACAGUAAGCGCCACCUAGAGGUCGACCUGAAGAAGCAGGCGGCGGAUUACAGAGAAAUCGACAAAAAGAUGAACAGCAUCAAACCAGAUCUGAUCCAGCUGAGGAAGACCAGAGACCAGUACCUCAUGUGGCUGACGCAGAAAGGAGUCCGACAGAGAAAACUCAACGAAUGGCUCGGACUCAAGAACGAGACCACAGAGGAUGAGUACAGUCUGGUGGAGGACGAGGAGGAUCUGCCGCAUCACGACGAGCGUCUGUGGCGUCUGGGGAACAUAAACCGGACCCAGGCUGAGUCUCUGCUCCGGGGCAAACGAGACGGGACUUUUCUGGUUCGAGAGAGCUCCAAACCCGGCUGCUACGCCUGCUCUGUCGUGGUGGAUGGCGAGGUGAAGCACUGCGUCAUAAACAAAACGAGCAGCGGUUUUGGUUUCGCGGAGCCGUAUAAUCUUUACUCGUCUCUCAAAGAGCUGGUCCUUCACUAUCAGCACACGUCUCUGGUCCAACACAACGACUCGCUCAACGUCACUCUGGCGUUCCCCGUGUACAGCCAACAGCGCCGGUGACCCCCACGCCCAGCCACGCCCAAAUAUGGACAGAACACAGCCUAAUAUGGAGAAAACGCCCAUAUAUUUACAAGUUAGGUGACCCCAACACCCAAACAUAUGGACAAAACACAACCUAAUAUGGACAAGUCCGGUGACCCACACGCCCAGAUAUACGGACUAAACACACCUAUAUAUACACCCAAAUAUGGACAAAACACACCCAAAUGUGGAGAAAACACACCCAUAUAUGGACAAGUCAGGUGACCCCCAAAGCUCAAACACGCCCAAAUAUGGAUGGAAUAUGCCCUGAACUGGACAAUUCAGGGCCAAAUAUGGAUAAGCCGGGGCCAUAUAUGGACUGGACAACAUAUGGACAAAGAAAUUCACAACACAUUUCACAACUCGCUGAUCAAUAAGACGACUUCACAAAUCUGUUCAUACAAAUGUUCCAGAGGUUGAGGGGUUUUUGGACUCAAAUGAGACGGAUUGAAAGUUCUACGCAAAAGGGAACAGGCCGUUAACACAGGUCGUCCCUUUAAUGGUCCAAUACAAUAUUUUGUAUCUAUUUUGAACACACUGAUGUUUAAGAUGAUGAGUGGAGAGGAAAUGGAAGCUUUGCCCUCAUUUCUGUGCAUAAAAACUACUGAAAUAAGACAAAAAAUUAUAGCGGUUUAGAAACGGGCUAAAGCUGCAUUGUAAUGACGGCAGUAAAGACUUAAAACCACCUGAUGACAUCACAAGCUGUAACAGCGUUCUGAGCUGUGCAGAGGAACACGAACUAAUUCUAAUCACUGAAGCGUGUGUGAAUGAAACGAAACACGACUCCAGCGAUGUUUUUGAACAGGACACAUGAACAGGUCAAAGGUUAAAGUUAAGGAGACAUGAAUCACUAUGGCCUAAAUUGUUGGUCUAAAAAGAAAAAAAAUAUUUGGGCCAUUCAUGGAUUAAAAAGUCGUCUUUCCUUCAAUUGUUCCGUUAGUAGAAUCUACAAAGCUGCGAAAAUCUACUUCAAAAUGACAUUUAAAGGUUCUAUAUGACACAAAACUGAUUCUUGAGACCUUUAAUCCAUGUUCUAAUACUUUUACCUCCUCAGAAACAGACCUGGAGUUGUGUUUUGUUUCAUUCACACACAUUUGAGGAACACUUUAUUAUUAGUCUGUUACAUCUCCAAAGCUCAAAAUGCUCUGUUCCACCUGUGUUUUCAGUUUGAGAGAAGAAGUUUGUAUGAUAAACAUGUAAAUGAAACAAAACACAACUCCAAGUCUGUUUGUGAUGAGGAAACGGCAUUGAUCAGAAAAUGGUGUAAUAUGGGCCUUUCCUCUGUGCCACAGCUGCCCCGGGGCAAACUGACACAAACCUGGCUGCCACUCUUCACACUAACACACAGACCAUAGUGAUGACGUGUCUUGCCCAAGGACACAAGAUCAACAAUAACCGGACCUGUUACUACCAACCUUCUCAUGACAGGACUUUGCAGACAUCUCCUCAAAACGGUUCAAACUCUGAGAACCAGAGAAACAAAACCAAAACGUUGGAUUUCUGGACGUUUUAAAGACUUUUGACACAAGAUGGCGGCUCAUAACAGGAAAUAAAAUGUUGAACUUUUUGAGGAGGAAAAACACUGUGACUUAAAACCAAAAGGAUCAAAGUGACAUUGUAAAGACGAUCUGAUUCUCCAAAUAUCACGUUUUUCUACUUUAAUUUAACAGUGACACAGUUCCACCUCAAGAUUCCCAAAUGUAUGGAAAAUUUACAGACUUUUCCGGACUUUUUAGUGUCGUUGGAAUUUUCCGGAUUGUGGACUUGAAAUGUGACUGAACUUAACACGGAUUUGGUUCGAAAUUUCAUAAUCUAAAAUUGUACGUUUUUGUUCAAAUUGAGUGAAUUACCUCCAGUGGAUUGAAAAGCCUCGACUGUGGGUUUAUAAACUGAAACAACGACGAUUCAUGUGUCCAUUGGAACAAGGUGAACUCCAUUUACAACUGGAGUUACACCAGGACUUAAAGGGGCGCUGUGGAGUACGAAUUAGAUUUCAGAUUUCUGUGUCCCCAGAUACAAGGUAAACACAUUAAAUCAAAUAUUACUUUUACUGGUAACGAUUAUAAAGCAGAUUUAUGGAUUUAUGGUUCAAAACCGCAAAUUAUAACAAUUGUCCAAUCAGAAAGUCGACUUUCACAUUAGUCUCAUUUGGGUUGCCAGAUAAUACAACUAAAAUUAGUGAGAAAUAAACCAUAAAUACCUCUAUCAUGAUCUUAACACUCACUGCCUAAAGCCAACACCUGCAGACAGUCAGGACUCAGUGCUAGUGCAGCCUCUGCAGCUCAGAGAGUGAAUCUGGAGGUUCUGGACAUGAGGCCUGUCCAUAAACUGAGAAUGAGACACACUGUAUGUGUCUCUAUCUGCAGGACAAGGCUCUGGACACAGGUCUGUCCAUAAAUUUCCCCUCCUUUAUCAAACGUUCAUGUGCUAGUCCGGGCACUUUGACAUAAAUUGUUACUGAAAUGUGUGAAACUUAAAUGUAGCAUUAAACAAAGAUUAAAAAUAAGCUUUGACCUGAAAAUAAAACCAAAAUGUGCAAUUUGAGGAAAUGAAUUAAUGUGAAAUAACAUUUUUAAAGCUCCUUAAAAAUUCCACUAAAACCAGAUUCAAAGAUGUUUCAGUUUCAGGACCAAACCUGGAGGUUCACUGAUUUAACAUGUUUUUGUGUUUUUCCGCUCUCUCUAUUUCUCAAACGGUUUGUCAUUUUAACCUCUGAUCUGAACAAAUAAAUCAUAAUGAUCUGAA